AUGGUCGGUCCUCGAGGUCUAUCUCUUCUUCACACUCAUUCUCCAUGGCGCUCGCACCCAAACCGCGAGCCUGAUCGGCCAGGCCGUAUCAACUCUAUCCUCACAAUCACGAAAACCGCUAUCAAACCCACAAUUUUUCUUCUGGAAGUUCGCGGAAAGGUUGGACUCCGUGUCGAAGAUGCUAAGCAGCAACUUGAUUUGCUGUCAUCUCUCGCACUGGAUGUUGCACUGGAAAAGACUACAAGCGGCGACACAACAAGGCGUCGCGGUAACUGUGUCGAUGGGUGCCACGACCAGGCUGGGCCAGCAUACAAAGCUACCGUAGUGCGGGUUUCCAAGUACCUAACCAUGUACACAGUGCUGCAGGUAGGCUUCCUUAUGUCGUUCUUCAUUGGAACGCGCUAA